ACACACGUUUUGCUGAUAUCUACUCUGAUCCCCUGUACUGUAUCGCGACUGUACUUGACCCGCGAUAUAAAGACAAUUAUUUUGAUGCGGGGAAAAAGCAAAGCGCACGAGACAUGAUCCAGGCUGUGUUGGAUAAGGAGAACCCACGAGAGGAGGCUGCUGCGCACAGCACAGGAGACGUGACGCAGACCACAGAAAAAAGGGCUCGUCUGUCUACAGCAGAGGAGGAGAGGGGGCAACCACCCUCGUUGUCUGAUAUGUUCAACGAGAUCAUGGAAGAGAAUACUACCCCAAAUAGGCUGGUGACAAGCUCAACCGCUCAACAGUUAGAUGAUUAUCUCUCAGAAGUACCCAUCCCCAGAAGCGAGAACCCUCUUGGAUACUGGAGAAACAAACAAGACCGCUUUCCUGACCUGGCCAAGGUGGCACGCAAGUAUUUGAGUGCUCCAUGCACAAGCACUGACAGCGAGAGACUGUUCAGCGCUGCCUCUCAUGUGCUUGAUGAGAAGAGGAACAGACUUAUGGCUGAUAAAGCAGAGAAGCUACUGUUCAUUAAAAAGAACCUCCCACUUUUCCUUAAUAAGUAGACAAGGCUGGCUUAUCAUAGGCUUAUCAUAAGCUUAUCUAGUUCUACAUGUCUACUCUAUACCCACUUUCCUGAACAAUUUUCAUUGUGAGUUAUAAUUCACCAUCUCAGGUUAUCAUUAGGGGGAAAUGACAGCAGCACAGUGUUCAAUAUAUUGUACUUUCGGUAUCUAAAUUAUACAAUGUUGUUUACAUUGCUCAUGAGGACAGACCACCUUAUUUGCAGAUUCUUGAAAUUGUAAUUUAAUUUGUAAUUGAUUGUGGAUUUUGUAUCCAGUUUUCACUUUAUGUAUCUUUAUACAAUGUUUACUACUUUGUUUAUGAGGCCUUAUUUACAGAUUCUUGAAAUUCAAUUGUAAUUUCAUUUGUAAAUACUAUAGUUACAUUCAUGUGGAUUUAUCCAGU